UAUUCUGAAACUUGAUAAACCUCGAUAUCUGGUGCUUUUAGGUGAAUUUUGGGUUUAUAGCUAGGGAAGACCUGUAAUUACCCGCUUACUUCCAGAAUUCGCCUGCACGUUGCCAUCAACUACCACGUUGCCAAUCCACCCAGCCAGAACUAUCUGAGCGUCCCUGGUAUCGAGUCACGCACCCUCAGGUUGUUAUGACUGGGUGGAUCAGUGUCACAGUGAUCAUGUGGAUAUCAACACUAUCUGGUGUUCCGUCUCAGCAAGUUACUUCGGUGAAUAUUGUUCAUCAGUUGGGGUGUAUGCGUUGCAUUGCAUUGUCUAUUGCAGUCUUUGAAGGUGAAACAGGUUUUGAGAUUUGGAAAAACUGGAGCCACUUGAUUACCUCUUAGUAACUACUGCACGCUGAUAUCAUGCCCAAGUCAGGUGCUUGAGACGGAAGCUGGUGCUUAUGGGCUGGGGAAUCUGCGUGACUGUUUGUAGUCUUUACGAAGGCGAAAGAUGUCCUGAACAGUGAAAUAUACCUGACUUUCCAAGUCAAUGAGAUGAAUGGUGAUCGUUCGGAGACCGAAUGGUAUCGACAUUGUGCCCCCGUAUAAUACUUCACUUAGGCCUUCGACAUUUGCUGGAGUAUAUGCGUGAUUUCUGUUGCUUUCGUAGUCCUGGAAGAUGAGUAUGUUAGAGUUGUAUAAUGUGAGCCACUCUGUAUUUACUUUUUAUCGACAUUGAGAAUAUUACACUAGCUGGUCGCUUAUUGCUACCUCUACCAUAUUCACACCCC